CUUGCCCCUGGUGGUUGGCCUGCACAUAUCGCACACCAAUUUCAUUCCGAUACAAUCACUGUAUCAUAUACGCAGGACACCUUGAUCGUGUUUACCGCUGCAUCUUCAACUGGUCGGCAUCCAAGAGCCAAUGGGUCACCUCAAGCAAGUUCAAGCAGACCUACAGGUACCAAGCGAAGAGGUGCUUCAUUGUAGAAACAGGGGCGGGGACUACCAGUACACGGCUGUAGGUACCUAGGUACCACUGCAGAAGCCAGCGACCACUGGCCGGGCAGCGGCAGUGCUGCUAGUCAAAGGCCCAAUCGCGAGGAACGGGGUAGUCCUGUUUGGGAUUUGGUGGGAAAGUUUAGCUGAGCCAGCUGCACGCAUGGACCACUCCGUGGCUCCGGCCGGCCUUCAGUCCCCUGCCCACUAAGCGCUUCAGGUACGGUUGGUUCCUCUCCAAGGCAACGUCAGGACUCUGGAAACGUGAGUCGCCUCGUGGAUAUUCUGGUUCAACCAUCGUCGAGUGCCAUACUGUUGCCGUCGCGUCUCGAAAGCGUGCUUUGCCAUUUGCCAUUUUCCCCAUCUGCCCUCGAAAUCGCCGUCACAACUUGCUAUUACUAGCCCCUAUAGUUGCCAACAACCCGUCCAAACUCCAUCAAUAGUGGCGCAGGUACAUAACAAGGUCAGGAAGAGAAGAACAAGUAGUCGCAUGGGCUAGAGGCUGCACGGAGACCUCGAGUGACAGCCAGUUGGAGCCCGCGCGCCUGCUCCCGCUCCCGCUCCCCGUUUCCAGCUUCCAGCAAAAAAAAAAAAAAAAGGACAGUUUGUUGCAACUUGCAAAGGGAACAAUCUCAAGGUCCUAGCAUAGACGGCAAGCGACGACACUAGCGACCAGCGACACCACCGCCCGUAUCCACUUCGCUCCAUUCCCCCAGAGCCCCGUCCACGCCAGGUCUCAAUGACGGCUGUCGCGAAUCCCCCUAGCUUCGCAAAUCUCAAUCGGCCGGGAUGGAUUAAUGGCGACCAAUCGCUAAACCCGAUGAACCCCGACGACAAUAGAAUGAACAUGUUCAUGUCGCGAAAAUCUCUUCAACGAUCAAACUCCUCGUCGUCGGUUGCGUCGACGGCGUCCUCCUCGUCCACCUCCACCGUGACCUCGACCGGCUCCGUCUCGACUGCGCCGACCAACGGCAGCCCCAACAGCACCACCAGCAGCGGCGGCGUCAACGGAAACGGCAACCCCAUGUCGGUCGGUGGAGACACCGCGCCUUGGUCGAACUCACAAGCUCUGCGCAAGAAACCGCAACCAAAAAACAACAACACCAACUCAUGGACUAAUGCCAGGCCAGAAGGAGCGUCCGACCUUUCACGCUCAGCAACAGGCCGCCCGCCCAUGGCGAAUGGCGUCAACGGCGCGCCUCCAACUAUGCACCAUCAGCAACAGCAGCCAUCAUCGCAGCCUCAGCCGCAACAACAACCGCAGUCCGCCAUGUCGGCGCCGAACCAGAUGAUGUCACAAAGCAAUCUCGCGAGGCCCGGCGCCGACCAAAUGGCUCCCCAACGCCUGCCCGUGCUGUCGCUGCUGUCGCUCAAUGGCACCUUCGAACGCAAGACCAUCUCGGUCCCCUUUUACCCCGACAUAAUGAAAAUCGGUCGACAGACAAAUGCGAAAACCGUCCCUCUCCCCACCAACGGCUUCUUCGACAGUAAGGUGUUGUCGCGUCAGCACGCCGAGAUCUGGGCCAACCAAGACGGCAAGAUAUUUAUCAAGGAUGUCAAGUCCUCAAACGGCACCUUCGUCAAUGGCAACCGUCUGUCGCCCGAAAAUCGCGAGUCGGAACCCCAUGAGCUCCAGUCUCAAGACCAUCUCGAACUCGGUAUCGACAUUGUUAGUGAGGACCAAAAGACGGUAGUUCACCACAAGGUUGCCGCCAAAGUCGAGCAUGCUGGGUUCGUUACCCAAACGAACAACCUCUUGGAUAUGAACUUUGGCGAUCUCGAUCCUUCAAAUGGCGGCAUGAUGAUGCCCAUGGGCGGCAUGCCACCCUUCCGCGGUCGGGCUGGCAGCCAAGCAUCUCUAGCAAGCAAUGGGCGUAUGAUGCCUGGCAAUAUGGGUGGUCCGAUACCUGGUAUGGCGCAACAGAGGCAAUUUUGGUUAAACCCUGUCACGACUGAACAUAUUGUCAAAAAGCUUCAAACGGAAAUGCGGAAUGCCAAGCUGCAGCACCACGAUCUUAUCCGAACGGGUCAGUUCAUCACCGCCUUGGUUACGAAAGACGACAUCAAGAAUCAAGACAAGCCCGAAGAUAUUGAGCCCCCUAAGUUGCAUGUGAACGGGAAUAUCCCUUUCAAGUCGGAAAUUAGCAAGACCCGGUUUUCGGAACCCCCUGCUCCUCCGCCCUCACAGCCUCUUCCAGAGAAGCCAGAUGUUGCCCGCGCUUCGGAUGCGCCUUCGCUAAAACGAGGAAUUACCGAGCGACCCAAAUCACACCCUUCUCCCAAGGACACGAAUGUCAAUCAGGUUGUACAACUUACGGAGGCCUUGAACCUAGCAAAGAAGGAACUGGACAGCAACAGUGCUCGGGUGCGAGAUCUGGAGAGGAUGCUAAACGAAGAACGUGAAGCCCGGUUACAGGCGGAGGUUUUGAUGCAAAAGAUGGCAGUAAGCCAACAAGCAGUGACAAAUGGCACGAGUGUGGCAGCUUUAACGAACGGCCACUCGGCAACGGAGAGAGUAUUUGAGCCACCGACGGAGCAAACUGAGACAAACGACGCGAGCGCGCUCGGCGGCCUCGAAUCCGAAAAGAGCCCGAAACCGGAAACCAGCAAUAUCGAGGCCAUGGCGGCGGCUUUCCAGGCUCGGAUAGAGUCCAUGACGACGGAGAUGAAGGGGUUGAGGGAACAGCUGGAAGCUUUCAGAAACAGGGCUGAGCAGGCAGAGGCAGAGCGGGAUGCUGACCGUAAGACGUUGAGUCAGUUGAUCUUGCAAAUACGUCAGCGAGAUGAGGAAGAACAGCAAGCCGCGGCGCGCAAAUCGCGUUCGUCCUCUCGCGGUAGAUCGCAACAAGGAGGGAAGGACAAGGAGGUUGACGAGGCAUUGCCCAAGGCCAAUGGCGCUGCAGUGACUGGACCAACCCAGUCUGAUGGCUCCUCCGAGGAUCAUGCUGAGGAGGUGCCCAGUUUGGCGCUGACGGACACCUUGAAACCGUCAUCUUCGCCCGCGCUAGUAUACCCGCACCAGGACCGUGCGUUGAUACAAGCCAUGCCCUACGUUUCCGUCCUUGGAGUCGUUUUCAUUGGAAUGGGUCUGAUGGCUUACCUCAACGGGUGGCAGCCGCAGGCGAAGAAUUAGGGCAGGCCGGUAUCAUGACACCACAACCCACACACACACACACACACACACACCUACGCACACCGUAUCUUCAAUCUCCUUUGUACAGUUUUAUAGGAACUUUUUAUACCUGAAGACUACCUACUUCUCAUCAUAUUUCUAUGCACAUGCACUUCCGUCGUCUUGGUCUUUUUUCAAAACAUAUGUAUUAUGCACAAAACGCGGCUUACCGAACCCAGACGGUAGGGACUUUUGACAACAGAAUCGUCUGGAGUUUUGAUGUGAAAUGGUGGCGGGUCUAGCGUGGUUCAAAACAUAGGAAAUGCCUUUGACAACAUUUGGCUUUUUCUACCCCCAAUUUUGCUCUCUGGCGUUGCUCAACCGCGUCACUGACUCUCACUUUUUCCGAGUCAGCUUUCUCUUCUUUUCCUUUGCCUUUCUUCUUCGGUCAAGUAAUCAUUCAAAUUAGCACAACGGGCUGGGAACUGUUGCGGAUACUUUCUGAGAUGCUUGUUCUGUUAGCUUGCGAUCGGUUUGCGAGUAUCGAAGCGCGAACUUGUUUUCAGCAAAGAUUUACAGUUACAGUUGCAGUAGGAAAGCAGCAAUGCGAUUACGGCUUGGGAGAGAGAGGGACUUGUAUGUAUGUAUCACAACACAGCCGAAAUUCUUGGUAGACGCGGGGGAAUGGAGGUACAUCCGGUCGGGAAAACGAAUAAAUCAAGCGCCGAAGAGGGCUUUUCGUACAUCAUUUAUACGAGGUGAUGAUUGCUUCC